AUGCUGUCCGUACUGUGGCAUGUCACGGCUGUGAUUCCAGUGCCCCCUACGAACGUUCGUGAAUGCCAAUCGAUGCUCAACCGCUUCAUCCUUGGCCGUAAAACACUGCCUCCUGACCGGUACCGACCACUCAUUGCUCGAACAUGGCAAUACGACCGCGGUGCACCGCUCAAGCUACCACACUUAACGUCCAAGCUCCGCGCCCAACGACUGUUGCUGCUUCAACGUCUCAUGCUGCUUGGCUCGUUGGACUCUACCCCAUGGCGGAACCUCGUCCAGCGACAAUACGCGCGAGUACUGGGCUAA